GGGCAAGCGUCUCUUCUAUCUCAUCUCCAUCUCCAUCUCCAUCCCAUCAUGACUCAAGUCCGCGUUGCAGUAACCCAAGCCGAGCCAAUUUGGCUGGAUCUCGACGCAACAAUCGAAAAGACAUGCAAACUCAUCGCAGAAGCAGCCGAUAAUGGCGCGCAGAUUGUAACAUUCCCUGAAUGCUGGGUACCAGGUUAUCCAGCAUGGAUCUGGUCUCGCCCAAUCGACCCAGCCCGAACGACCCGCUACAUCCAAAACUCUCUGCAGCCCAGCUCCCCCCAAAUGAAAAAGAUCCAAGACUGCGCCGCAGCGUCAAAGAUAGUCGUGGUCCUCGGCUUCUCAGAGAAUAUCAACAACUCACUCUACAUCGCCCAAGCGAUCAUCGACGCAGGCGGCGAGAUCCGGCUAACCCGCAAGAAAAUCAAAGCAACGCGCAUGGAGCGGACCAUCUUCGGCGAUUUCUUCGGCGACUGUCUGGAUAGCGUGACGGACACAGCUGCCGGCCGUGUCGGAGCACUGUCUUGCUGGGAACAUAUCCAGCCAUUACUGAAGUAUCACACGUAUGCGCAGCGAGAGCAGAUCCACGUUGCUGCUUGGCCGCCGCUAUUUGAGGAUGAGGGAGAGGGAUUGUAUUCCAUGUCGCGAAACGGCACGACAGCGAUUGCGCAGACAUACGCGAUAGAAUCUCAAUCGUUUGUGUUGCAUACGACGGCCGUCAUCAGCCAAGCUGGGAUUGACCUGAUGAACACGCAAGGAGGAGCGAUCAUGAAUAAACCCGGAGGAGGCUGCUCGGCUGUUUUUGGACCGGAUGGUCGGAAAUUGACCGUGGAUCAUCCUGAAGACGAGGAGACGAUCCUGUAUGCCACAUUGAACUUGGAGGAUAUACUCAGAUCAAAGGCAUUCGUGGAUGUAUGUGGUCACUACAGCCGGCCGGAUUUGUUGUGGCUGGGAACUGAGAAUGAGGUUAAGAUGCAUGUGAGACCAAAGACUCGUCAGUAG